GUGAUUCAUAUCUCGUAGCUGGCACAGAUGGUGUUGGAACUAAACUAAAACUUGCUUUUGAAACUGGGAUUCAUGACACUAUUGGAAUUGAUUUGGUUGCUAUGAGUGUUAAUGACAUUGUUACUUCUGGCGCAAAGCCUCUGUUCUUUCUUGAUUACUUUGCUACAAGCCACCUUGACGUUGAUCUUGCCGAAAAGGUAAUAAAAGGUAUCGUGACCGGUUGCCAACAAUCUGACUGUGCUCUUCUGGGCGGCGAGACCGCAGAGAUGCCAGGCUUCUACGCAGAUGGUGAAUAUGAUCUCAGCGGUUUUGCGGUGGGCAUUGUAAAAAAAGAUUCUGUUAUUGAUGGGAAAAACAUUGUGGCUGGAGAUCUUCUCAUUGGCUUGCCUUCAAGUGGAGUCCAUUCAAAUGGAUUCUCUCUUGUAAGAAGGGUCAUCGAGCGAAGCGGCCUUUCCUUGAAAGACAAACUUCCUGGUGGAGAUGUUACAUUAGGUGAGGCCUUAAUGGCCCCUACUGUGAUAUAUGUCAAACAGGUACUUGACAUUAUCAGUAAGGGAGGGGUUAAGGGGAUAGCCCACAUCACCGGCGGUGGUUUUACCGAUAAUAUACCCCGAGUUUUUCCCAAAGGCCUUGGAGCUGUUAUUUACAAGAAUUCAUGGGAGAUCCCAACUGUUUUUAAUUGGAUUCAAGAGGCGGGAAAAAUCGAAGAUGUGGAAAUGAGACGAACAUUCAACAUGGGUAUUGGCAUGGUUCUUGUGGUGAACCAAGAGGCGUCGCAAAGAAUACUCAACGACGACCGUGGAUCAGACAGAGCUUACCUCAUCGGAGAGGUCGCAGAUGGCGAAGGAGUAAGAUUUUUGUAAUCUAUGAGUGAAAAUUUUGUAACCAAAAGCCUUGGUUUCAACAAGGAUUUUAGCGUUUAACCCACAAUGGGUCAUGAAACUGAAGGAUACAUCUUUAUGGUAAAUGGGUGUUCUAAGUCUUACCAUAUUGUGUUGAAUAAGUUGAUUUGUAAUGGGUUUUUAUUCAAAUAAAUUACCCAUUCUUUUUAGAUAAAAACUUAAUGUACACCUACUUGGAUAAAUUAGAAAUUUUGGUGCUUGAUCUA